UGUUGGACCUAGGGAAGGAGAAGGAAGGAAGAGACUUUGAUGUAAUGUUAUGCAGGCUGUGGAGGGCAAGGAAAGGGGCUUCAAAGACAGAAGAACUUGAUCGUGAGAGUGUAAAUUUUUCAAGUGCAUGUUUACCUAAAUCUAUCUCAAUAGAGAAUGACUACCUAGGCCCUAGAAGAAUUGAGAGUCUGCAAAAAGAAGAUGCUGAUUGGCAGAGAAAAGCCCACAUGGCUGUGCUUUCUAUUCAAGAUCUUACAGUUAAAUACUUUGAAAUAACUGCUAAAACACAGAAAGCUGUGUACGAUCGAAUGCGAGCAGACCAGAAAAAAUUUGGUAAGGCAGCAUGGGCAGCAGCAGUGGAACGUAUGGAAAAACUUCAGUAUGCAGUUUCUAAGGAGACGCUGCAGUUGAUGCGUGCUAAAGAAAUCUGUUUGGAGCAGAAGAAACAUGCACUGAAAGAGGAGAUGCAGAGCCUGAAAGGUGGUACAGAAGCCAUAGCCCAUUUGGACCAGUUAGAAGCUGACUAUUAUGAUCUACAGCUUCAAUUAUAUGAAGUGCAGUUUGAGAUCUUGAAAUGUGAAGAGCUGCUGCUGACAGCACAACUUGAAAGCAUCAGAAGACUGAUGUCAGAGAAGAGAGAUGAAGUGGUAUAUUAUGACACUUAUGAAAGUAUGGAAGCCAUGCUUGAAAAAGAGGAUAUGGCAACAUCUAUACGCUUGCAAAAAGAGGAGCUGCAAAAGUUACAACAAAAAAUCCGCCAGCUGGAAGCAAGGCGUGGACGUAUUUCAGCCAAGAAAGCCUACCUCAGAAAUAAGAAGGAGAUCUGUAUUGCAAAGCAUAAUGAGAAGAUCCAGCAGCGUCACCAGAGUGAGGAGGAAUACAAAAUGCACCAUACUGUUCAGCUAAAGCGAGAUCGAUUACAAGAUGAAGAAGAAAGAAAGAGCUCCUGGGUUAGUCAGGAACGACAGAAAACACUGGACAGACUUCGCACAUUUAAACAGCGGUACCCUGGGCAAGUAAUACUUAAAUCAACCAGACUACGGCUGGCUCAUGCAAGAAGAAAAUGUGCAGCCACCUCAAUGUCCUGUGUCGAUCAGCCUCAUUCUUUGCCAGCAACCUUACAAAUCCAAGAGAAGAGUGAAGAGGUGGAAUUGGAAAAUGCAGUUCAGCCUUUGGAAGUGCAGGAAUCCACAAGCUUAGAACAACUUCAAGAUAUCUCAUUACCUCCCAAUGGUGUUACCUCUGGACUGCCUCAUGUUAGCACUUCUCCACUUACCAGCGAUGAGCUUCAACCAGAGACUGUUACUGUACUACCACUUCCAGCCCCUUUGCCUCCACCACCUCCACCUCCGCCUCCACCUUUGCCCUCCAGGGAAGAUGCCACCAAAUCCUUAGAGAAAAGUGAUGGCUUUGUUAAACGUCAGAGUGAGGAGAAAGGAGUCCAGCACUCUUCUGGUGUCCCACCAGCACAUCUGUUUGAUAGCAGUCAGCUUGUCAGUGCCAAGAAGAAGCUUAAGAAGACCGGUGAUCUAGAGGGUUUGCAGAGGAGGAGAGUGAGUUCCCCGAUGGAUGAAGUGCUGGCUUCCUUGAAACGUGGCAGCUUUCACUUAAGAAAAGUUGAGCAGAGAAGUCUCCCUCCUUUUCCUGAUGAAGAUGAUAGCAAUAACAUCUUGGCACAGAUCAGGAAAGGGGUGAAACUGAAGAAAGUGCAGAAAGAUGUUUUGAGAGAAUCCUUUACAAUUCUGCCUGAUACUGACCCUCUGACAAGGAGCAUCCAUGAAGCAUUGCGACGAAUUAAGGAAGCAUCCCCUGAAUCAGAGGAUGAAGAGGAGAGUUUGCCUUGCACAGACUGGGAAAAUUAA